AUGGUAAUAAUGUUAAAGUUACAAGAAGAAAUUGAAAAUGUUGCAAGAAUAGCAAAUAUACAUGAAUUCACCGUCAAAUUACCUCAGGUGAGUAUUUCAUUGUAUUUUGCAAUAGGAAAUGAAGAACAACGAAUAAGCAUAGCUCCAGCUUUUGUUCGUAAUCGAGAAAUAGUUCUAUUUGAUGAAGCAACGUAUGCGCUUGAUUCACAAUCGGAUGCCGUUUACAAAGCACAGUCUAACAAUCGAACAUCACUAACAAUUGCUCAUCGAUCUGGAGUACCCACUUCAUGUUCUCCUAAGGUGGAUACCCCAUCGUAUGUUUUUCCCCAUAAUCCACAAUCGGGUUUACAAGCACCCAUUUAUCAAUUGUUUGCUGGAAUACAAGCUUUACCAGCUAUGGAUAAAAUGGCAAUGAGAGGCAGAUGUCGGCAUGAAACAGAUCAAAUGGUGUCAUUUAUGAAAGAAACAUUUGACUUCGAAAACAAGCGAAAUGCACAAGGUAAUUCUGAAUACUUUUUGGAUGGUGUCAAAGCUUUUGAACUAAGAAAACCGAUUAGCUCGAUGUAUAGAGGAACAGUAAUACAAUUUCCGUCAAUGAAAAUGAAGAAAAAACAAUGUUUUUGUAUGACAGUUGAAGAAAUUCUACGUUGGCAGCAAACAUUUCGGGUUUAUGCAGAUGCUGACAUUUAUAAGCAUGACAGUAAUGGGGACGAAAAAGCUUUAUUGAAAAAAUCAUUGUCAGGCAAAUCUGCAGCUGGUAGAGAAGCGUUCAAAAUGAAAUUUGUUUGUCGUAUAUCUCAGAAUCCUAUUUUCAUGGAGUUUGAUGCCAAAGUUAUUCCUCGGCAACUCAACGAAUCAUGGCCAAAUAAGAUUUAUUUGGCUAGUGUCAGUGGCAUAGAUUUUGCCGGCAGGGAACAUGAUGUUGCAGAUGUCGUUUACUAUUUUAAAAAUUGGCAGAAAGUGUUUGAAUUAGGGAAAGAUGGUCUUCCUCUUCCUUUUAAUGGUCGAGAUUUCCAUCAAACACCGGCAAAAGUGAAGCCAGAUAUUGAUAACAACCAAUUAUCUAAGGAUCUAUUAAAAAUGGCGCGUGUUCGAUUGACAGCAUGUGAUUUAGAAGGUAUACAAAUCGUCGUAGAAACAGGAAUUGGUUUGGGUGUGUUUUCGGGAGAACAUUUAGGUAUCAGUCAUCAAGUAAAGCAAUUAUCCGCUAAAGCUCUCAAACAACUUUUGGAAGAAGAUGAUAAACAAUUUCCAAAUAUUAAGGGUGUUAUCUUAUCACUACCGAUAUUCGUGAGAGAUAAAUAUAAUAAUUUGGAAAUUUUUCGACAGGAAUUCAGUGAUUACAGAGGGAGACUUCCUCUUCUGAUCAUCGACCAAGAUAUGCACAAAAUUGCCGUCUACUGUGCUAAAAUGAAUUAUAUUGUAAGUGAGUUAAAUCCAGCGGAUUCACACGGUGUGUUUGGUGAAUAUUGGCAGAAUAAAGGACCGGCUGUUGAGGAAAAACUAGCUCUGACAACCGCUGGACUAUUAACUCAACAUCAUGCCGUAAAUCUUCAAGUAUUAGAUAUAAAUCAUUAUCAUCUACUAGACUUUUCAAAAUAA